AUCAAAUAGAUAAAAUAUACUCUCGGAAUAUACUAGCACAAAUUUUAAGGACCUCUUUUAAAUUUUGGAUGAUGUAGGUUUCGAGAAUUCUUUUGAAAAAUUCAGGAUACUCCAGAAUAUAUUUAAGAUAACAUUUGAGUUAUUAAUCAAAAUAUUUUUUGCCUGAAUUCAAACCAUAGGAAAACUCAACCGACCUGGCGGCGCGAAAAUGUAGAAAACUGAACAAAAUGGAGGUUUAGGAGGGAAUUGGGAACUCAGAUAGGGAUUUUCCCACGGCGGAAAUGGAGGUGUCGACCCUACCCAUAUCGGCGUCGCUAAGGGGGAAGUUGAUUUCCGCCGGCCACUCUUCUCUCUCCUCCCUAUUCUCCGUUUCUUCCUCGGACCUUGCUCGAGAUUUAAACAUUUCAGAGAAUGAGGCACUUGCUGUUUUCGAAGCUGCAUCUCAGAGAGCUGGACUAGGAAGAACAACUCGAAGUCAUGAUGUUGUCAGUGGAGCACGGAAUGCCUGGGAUAUGCUUCGUGAUGAGGAAGCUUGUGGCAGAAUCACUACAUGUUGUGCAGACCUAGAUCAUAUAUUGGGUGGGGGAAUAAGCUGUCAAGAAGUUACAGAAAUUGGCGGAGUGCCAGGAAUUGGUAAAACACAACUUGGGAUACAACUUGCAGUAAAUGUCCAGAUACCAGCUGAAUAUGGUGGACUUCAAGGAAAGGCAAUUUAUAUAGACACAGAAGGUAGCUUUAUGGUGGAGCGGGUUUUGCAAAUUGCAGAAGCUUGUGUUGAGGAUAUGCAAGAGUAUAGCGGUCUCUUACACAAGGAUAGACAAGCCUGUCCAGUGAAAAUACAGCCAAAAGAUUUCCUUAGUAAUAUAUUCUGUUUCCGUGUCUGCAGCUACACUGAGCAAAUUGCUGUCAUAAAUUACCUGGAUAAGUUUGUCUCAGAACAUAAAGAUGUGAAGUUGGUGGUUAUUGAUAGCAUAACUUUCCACUUUCGUCAAGAUUUUGUUGAUAUGGCUCUGAGAACUCGGCUUCUUGGUGGGUUGGCCUUAAAGCUGAUGAAGCUUGCAAAAAAGUGGAGUUUGGCUGUUGUUCUAUUGAAUCAAGUAACCACCAAGUGUUCUGAAGGUUCAUAUCGAUUAACUCUUGCCUUGGGUGAUAGCUGGUCGCAUGCUUGUACCAACAGAAUCAUUCUUUUUUGGAACGGGAAUGAAAGAAAUGCACACAUUGACAAGUCGCCCACUGUUCAAUCAGCACGUGCAUCAUAUGCCGUGACAGGAAGAGGCAUCCGAAACUCGGGUUCCAGCUGCAAACGAGUUAAAAUGAUGUAAGUGCAUAUUUAUCAUCUUAAUCUAUAACAGCAAAAAAAAACCCACUAAAAUCCCACAAUUUAGCGACACAUAUUGUCUUAGUUGUUAGACAUGGUGUUCUUGUGUUGCUUGAAAAGUACACAAAACUAUGGAGUAGCUACCACAUUGUUGGAAUGUUUAAUGCAUCUAUUUGUUCUUGUGGUUCUGAGUACUCCACUUCACAAUAUAUGGUCAUUACCUGG